AACCGCAAUGGUGGAGUCAUUGAGCAGUGAUACCGUGCGCGAGUGCGAAGUGCGGUAACUGGCGAAAAUGUCUGUUGUCAUACGGUACACUACGCAUAAACAACGGCGUCGGGUUUGAAUAACAAUUGUUCAUUGAUCAUUUAUUGUUGCCUUUUAAUUAACGGGGAUCAUUCAGAGAGUUCUUGUCAUUGUCGGUUUUGGAGCGACCCCCGAACGGGCGGUUUCCUUCGAUCAGCCAGAACGGCCGUGUUACGUAUUAGAAAUGCAUUUACGUGUGCACUGCAUUCAUUAUUCCGUUUGGAUAAUCGCAAAUGACAGACAUGUGAUGGCCGGAAGUAGAAAUAUUUAUAGAUAGCCGUUGUGAUGUUUGAUCGUGUGUUUAUCAGGGAACUAAGUUCAAAGAGGAACUGGACGAUUGUUCUGCUUGGGACCGUAAAGAUCUCCAAGAUCGUUUAUUUUUGAACACCAGAUUAGAACGUUUCCAAUCAAAAAAAGUGAAGAUUUGGCGGCCGAUGAGUGAAUCUUCUCUUCAACCUUUAUCGUCCACCAUGUAACUGAGUAGGGAUCUUAUGUCCUCAGUAUAUUCUCUGAACUCAAUUCAGAAGCCUUAAACAAAGUUAAAAUGGAGUGAAUUUCAUGAAUAUAUAAAUAUUUAACUACCGUGCAGUGUUGUGUGUAUUUCACUAGUUACUAGUGUGUAUAUCACACUAGAAAAAAGCUUCUCCGGUAAAAAACAGGAACGAAGGAAGAGAGAGAAGUCUCCACCAUCAAAAUUUAAUUUCCAAGAGUUUUAAAACGAAACAACGAAAAUGUUCCAAUGCAUUAUUCAACAACGAAACGGAUGGAUACAUGCUCCCAGUCCUGAUAUGCGAGAUGUUUUUCCAGAUAUUCGUCUGCAACUAAAUGAACAGUUACGAUGUUUGGAUGUUCGUAUGGAAUCACAAGUAUCUCUUAUACAAGAAUUACAAGAUUUUUUUCGAAGACGUGCCGAAUUGGAGAUCGACUACAGUAAAAGUUUAGAUAAGUUAGCUAAAACAUUACAACUACGACAUAAGGAACAGAAACAAAAGCGUGAGCAGUGGCCAUUAUUUUCAUCAUAUGCUUGUUGGUCGCAACUUGUUAACCAAACAAAAUCAUUAUCAAAAGAUCAUGCAGUCCUAUCAGAAAUAUAUUCGGUGCAUUUAGUGGCACGUCUUCAAACGGUCAUUGAGGAUGUUCAACGAAUAUACAAACGAUGCCGGGAAAUCUGUUAUGAAACGCACGAAGAAAUACUAAGAGUACUACAAGAACUUCACACAACUACAAAAACGUAUCAUAGUUAUCAGACUGAAUGUAAAGCGGCUGAAACAAAACUUCGUACCGCCGAAAGCCAACGAUUAAAAUUACAACAAUCAAUUCCAAAGGAUAAGUUAGAGCGUAGCAAAAAAUACAGACUGACUGAAAAAGAAGUGCUCAAAAGAAAGAAUAAAUAUACGGAUGCAAGACUGAAGGCUCUCAAAGCCAAAAAUGAAUACCAGUUAUGUUUGGAAGCAUCAAACACAACUAUACACAAAUAUUUUGUAGAGGAUUUAAGUGAUUUAAUUGAUUGCAUGGAUCUAGGUUUCUGCUCGAUGGUAUCUCGGGCGAUUCUAAUGCAUGUAACGGCUGAUCAAGGUCGUUGUCGAGCAGUUCAACAAAACGCAGAGGGCUUGUCGCACACAAUUCAAUCUAUGGACAGUCGCGCCGACAAACAGAAAUUCUUAGAACAGCACAGCGCGGCAUUUAUGAUUCCAAAACGCAUUGAAUUCCAAGGACCACAAGGUGAAGAUCCCAUCGAACCUGAACUUCAAAAGGCUCUACAUCAGGAAAUGGAACAGCGGUUGCAAUUGCUUGGCGUACGUUUGAACAAUCUGCGAGCCGAAUCUGAAGAAAUAUGGAAAACUCUUGAAACAGCAGAGAAAAAUCUUUUGGAGCAUCUCAGCACGAAAGACUUUGAUACAAGUGGACAAUUUGGCGACGGAGCAUUCGUUCAAGCUAAACCAAUUGAAACAGGGACAACAAAAUUGAAGGCCGAUAAACAGGAAAUAGAAGAUUUUUAUUUAUCGAAAAUCCGAGAAUAUAUUCUUGGCACAUCUAGAAUAGCACGUCUCGAUGCCAAAGCCGAACUUAUACGUAAUGCACUAGAGAAAGAUACUGCGAUCUCAUGUGGACCGGUUGUGAAAUCAAGUAUACCGAAAAGGAAGAGAAUUGGACGAAUGAAUCCUUCGGGUCAGCCAAAAUUGUUUGGUGGCUCGUUGGAAGAGUAUUUGGAAGCGACAGCUGAAGAGAUUCCAUUAAUUAUGCGAUCAUGUAUACGAGUAAUAAAUUUAUAUGGACUUCAUCAUCAGGGCAUAUUCCGCGUGUCAGGAUCUCAAGUAGAAAUAUCGAAUUUCCGGGAGGGUUUCGAGAGAGGCGAGGAUCCACUGGCUGACACUACGGAUGCAUCUGAUAUUAAUUCUGUAGCAGGGGUACUCAAAUUGUAUUUGAGAGAGUUGAGGGAGCCACUGUUUCCAAUAAUUUAUUUUGAACAGUUUAUAUCAUUAGCCAAAUUGGAGUCAAAGCGUGAAAUUGUGAUGGGCGUUAAAAAUUUCUUACAACGUCUUCCACGAUCUGUGCUAAUUGUGUUAAGAUACUUAUUUGCAUUUUUAAAUCACCUUUCUGAAUAUGCUGAUGAAAACAUGAUGGAUGCGUACAACUUGGCAAUAUGUUUCGGUCCAACUUUAAUGCCAGCACCCGAAGACAAGGAUCAAGUUCAAUAUCAAAAUCAAAUCAAUGAAAUCAUCAAAAAUAUGAUACAAUAUCAUGAAGAAUUGUUCCCGAAAGAUCUCGGUGGCAUACAAUAUGAGAAAUAUAUUUCCGACAUUGACAUUGAUGUGGGCGACUCGCCGACAGAUCAAGUUACUGAAGACCCUGACUCUGAAGUUUACCCAUCCGAAGACGAAUCUGAUACUGUGGAAGCAACAGCACAAUUUGAUUUUAAUGCUAGAUCUGACCGCGAAUUAUCUUUAAGAAAGGGAGAUACUGUUGUAUUGAGAAAACAGGUGUCUACGGAUUGGUGGCAAGGAACUGUAAAUGGUAAAGAUGGAUUGGUACCGGACAAAUACAUUUCAUUGAAAAUCAAGGAUGAAGAUCGUGACAAAACCAGUGAACAUCUCAAAUCAUCCAGUUCCGAGGAAUCAGUUCGAAAACGGCGACCAAGCGGUAAUAUGUCUAUAAAUAGUCAACUUUCAAUAUUCGGUCAGCAACAUCAACAACUAUCAGUCGUAGAAGAUCAAGCACUAAAACAUCAACAACAUAUUGCACAACAAUUACAACAAGCACAACAUCAACAGCACCAACAACCUGUUCAUAUGACAGUUUCGACAGAAAGCCAAUUACAACAGCAGCAACACAUCCAUCAGCUGCUUAACGAGAAAAUCGAUUCAAUAGCGAGUAAUAAUAAAAUUAUCGGCGGAGGCGGUAGUGGUUGUGGAAACAAUGACGAUUGUGAUUUCCACUAUGACACAGUCGAUAAUGUUAAGGAUAAAUACAAUUACCACGAUCAGCCACAUUCAUUUGAAAAUUCUAUGGAUUUCCUUGAGGAUAUGAAUCAUUUCCAGUACGAGCAAAAGAAACAACCUUCGGAACCCAUUUAUGCUGAACCGACCAAACACAUCCAACCAUCAUCAGGACCUUCACCCGGCCCUUCUAAAUCUGCCAUGCAUUUCGAUGAAUACGACGGAGUUGUCCUUCGUGGAAAUGAACCGAGCGGAACUCUUAAAAUAGAUGCUGCUAACAAUCGUCGAUCUGAAACUAUUAAGACUGUUAUGUCUGAAGAUAGUGGAGGAGGCAAUCAUUCAGCAGAUAUUAAUCGCCACUCAGAUGGAGACCUUUUCCGCGAUAGUGGCGGUAGUGGAAGCGAGCAAACAUCUGCUGAUAAUGUAACAUCACCAUCGAGGAAAUAUCAUUCGAAGAGUUUCAGCUUAUCAGAGAAUAGAAUUGGUGCCAACUUAAAUUUAUUCCAACAGAAUCGUGAGUUGUGGGAGAAACGUGCAGAGUUCAGCACACAACAGCAAAGUUCGACACAAUCGAGGAUUUUAGAACGUAAACGGGUUGCACCGGAUUUAGUCAUGGAUUUGCCGUUAUCAAUGAAUAAAGAAGAUGCAUUGCGAAGUUCUCGAGACUCUUUGGACACUGAGGUAAUAACUUCAGAGGAAUUGACAUCCGCCGAACGUUUUGCAUCUCAAAACCAAUGCACUCUAAAGAAAAAUGAAAGAUUUUCAUCAACGGAAACGUUUCCAGAUAAAAAAGAAGUUAAACUCGAUACGAAGACUGUCGAAAAACCGAAAGCCGAAGUGAAACCACAAGAAAUUCCGACCACAACUGUAACACGUGACGCAUCGAAAGAUGGAAAAUUCGAAGAUAAACGAUCAGUACUGGAGGAAGUGCUUCACAUCGAAGAAGAUCUUGCAAAAGAUCAUCUUACGACAAGCGCUGUCGCCGGUACAACAUCCAAGGAGUGCCAUAAAAGUCCAAUUCCAGCACGAAACACACAAAAAUUCGUAACGCAAUUUGCUGAUUUGAAAUUAACAGGAGGCUGUCUGAGUCAACCGGAAAUGACGGUGACAACAAACACGCAAACAACCACUGCAGGUGGUGCAAGUUCCAUUAAAAUUCUCGAUCAAACGCCACAACUGACUUCGUUCAAGCCGCAAGUUCGUGUCAAACCACAAAUCCUUAAGAAACCUUUCGUCCGACCGCCAACCACCCCAGAAAUGCAACGGCGUGGUGGGGGAACGAGCAGCAGCAGUAGUUCACAAGAUUAAUCUUAAGACAGAAAUCGUUCUCAGAUAGAUCGAUAUUUUUAAACUUGAAUUUAGUACCUAUAUGUGUUUUUAGAUUCAUUCGAAUUUAGAUUGAUAUAGUUGCUUCCAGUGAGGAUUACUCAUUUUAUUAUUCAUUAUUACGGCGAGAAAAGCAAUUCAAUUUUAAUCAAUUGCAAAGGAGUUUCGCGAGCUUAAAAAUGGCAUUAGUCCUGGAUAAGAAAGACUGGGGAAAAGACGUAUUGCAUUUUGCACCAAAACGAAUCAGAUCUGCUUGUGAAACUAUUUGUAUAUCAAAUCGAAUUGUAUGAAACUAUCGUACCCUAGAAUUGUAACCAAAACGUGAUUUAUUUUUUCGAUUCUAACACUAUUCAACUACAUAAGUUACAUAUUGAUUAAUUAAGUACUGGUGUUCUAAUUUUUAUCAUUGUAAACUAUAAGUAAGCGUACAAUAAACAACUUGAUUUUUUGAAAACUA